CUGUGCGCGACGGAGCCGCAACGGGGGGAGUUGCGAUUUUUCACAUUCAGCUGACCUCCAGGAGGAAAUUGCGCCUCGCGACCCUUUUUCGCCCUUCGGCCUAGUCAGCAGGGUUCGCGGGAGCCGCGGGCCGAGUGCGGGAGCGUGCAGGAGUGGCGAGGCGUCGGCGGUGGGCCUGCGAAGGGCCGAAAGUGGCCCCUCCUUCCUCCCUCUCCCCGAAAUCCAGUCCAGCCAGCCAUUACGUCGCACCAGCUCACAUGACCUGUUGUUUGUCCCCGUGAUCACCCGAGCAGCUUUCCUGGCAAAUUCAAAUUCGAACGACACCAACCCGUAGCCAUGGACAUGAUGGACCAGUUGGACGCCGGAGGCGAUCAGAAAGAGGGUGAGUGUGAUUCGCCGACAGCCUCGGAGGCGGCCGCGAUGGUGGCCGCCGAGACGUGUUUGGUGGUGGACGGGGAUCUGAACAUUGUGGCCGAGGACGAGGAGGAGGCGGCCACGGCCGUCAUCCAGCGGGUCGUGGCCAAGCGGCCGCAGCGCCAAACGCGCAGGAAUGUGAUUCUGCAGCCGGCGGCCACCACGGCCAUGGACACCAUUGUUGACAAUGACUCGUUCGAGUACAAGGCUGAAGGGUCCGGAGACUCGUCCGGCACUGUGACUUAUCGUGUGGUGCACGUGUCAACGCCAAGUUCCAGCGUCGGAGAGGAGAUUGACAACAUCUCGCAGAUCAUUCAUCCGACCACCAAUUUCACAACCGGAGCGUCGGCGUCGGGGGUGCAGGCGGUGCUCACGUCGCCCAUCAACGGCCAGUUCUAUGUGAUUGGAUCUCCGCAGGAAGUGUUCACCGGGACGAAUACUAGAAACAUUGCGCCUAGAAACCAGAGUGAAACCGUCAGAGGAUCUACGAGACGUGAUGAGAGAAGAAGGGCAACACAUAAUGAAGUGGAAAGACGAAGGAGAGAUAAAAUUAACAACUGGAUCAUGAAGCUGGGCAAAAUCAUUCCUGACUGCGGGAACGAGAGUGGAAAGCAAGGACAAGUUAGUUUCGAAGGCCAGAGCAAGGGAGGCAUUCUGGCCAAGGCAUGUGACUAUAUCCAAGAUUUGCGGACAAUCAACCAGCGAAUGUCGGAGAAUGUGAAAGAGAGCGAGAGACUCGCAAUGCAGGUGGAGGCAUUGCGGCAGCAGAACGAGGAGCUUCGCCGGGACAAGAUGGCCCUGCACAACCAGCUCACUCAGAACGGCAUCGUGCCCGUGGUGGAAGUCAGUCCGGUCAUUGUCGUCGAGCAAGAUCCCCUCUCGUAACCAGUAGCAGGACGUCCGUAGAACUACGAGUGCCUAACAGUUGAAACCAAACAAAAAACAAUAAUCAGAUGUUACCACCAGAGGGGUCCAUUUUUUUCAACACUUGCAAGUGUUUGAUUUUACUUUAGUAGAUAUUGGAAGCAAGUCUCGUUCGUUUUUCCUGUGGGCCCGCAAGAGGUGCUCUUUUUAACGCUUUCGUUUGCUUUUUGUAAUCAAUAAUCAAAUAGCCAAGAUACAUUUUUGACCUUUGUUGCGCAAAGUAGUCUCUUAUGUUUUUAAUUUUUCUAAUCAAAAACUGCUUGGGGGAUUAAUAUUGAGGAUUAUGUAACAAACUUCCUAUUGCGGAGGCGCAAUUUAUUUUGUAAAGCUCCUUUAUCAACAUUGAAUUUGUUGAAAAAAAAAUGAUCAAUUGAAUUUUGAUUGUAGAACUUAAUCUAAUGUUUGAAAAUUACCCAUUUUCCAAGUCUAAUUAUUGCAGACCAAAAUAGCUUCAACGGUUUUAAUCACUUUCUCUGAAAAACUCUUCAUUCUUAUUUGCUUCCCCAGAGUCUGUAUAAAAAUAAACAUCAGCACGACAAUUAUUAAUCCCUUUUGGCUGUUGCGUCAAAAUUGCUACGUGCUUUCGGGUUGCGUGUACAAAUUUUGUGAAAAUGAUUAGCCAGUUUUUUUGCUAUUUGCCCAAAAUUGAAUUUUAGUUGGAGAAGAUCAGUUUAGUUGCAUUUUUGAAAAUAAAAAAAUAGCUGAAAAAUGUGUGGCUACCAUGGUGAAGAGAAGAGAGCAAGAUGUUUGUAAUUCAAGUUAUUGAAGACUUGGUAAUUUGAAAAUAAAAUUUCAAUAUAUCUCAAA